AGUACCUCCCCACGUUGUGCACCUGAUCUUACCGCUCUUUGUGUGUGACUGAAGGGAGGGUCAUGGUGCAACGCCCUGAUCUCGCAAGCACAGAGCUCCAGCAGCAGCUACUAGCUCACCGCGCUCACCCUCGCCAACGCCAUCGACUGACACACCUCCUCCGCGGCCACACCUCCGACGUCAAGUCCGUUCACGCUACCGCACUCGCUCUACCCAACGGCAGCGGUACAGUCGAGCUGAUCUUCAGCGUAUCACGAGACUCCACUGCACGGACUUGGUUUCGUCUUGUGCCUGAAAGAGUUCAACAGCGAGAAGGAGGGGGAGGUGGUGGGGAGACCAGCAGCGCAGGGGCUCAAGCAGGCUGGAGGAGCGGUCCUACCUUUGAUGGUGGUGGCCGAUACCUCAACUCAGUCACCUUCGUCUCGAAUGAGGAUGUCCGGUCAGGCAAAGGCCAGCUGAUCCUGGGAGGUCUGGACAGCCUGAUACGGGUGUACAACUUCGAUGCUGCCUCCCUCCUGAGCUCUGCAGACCUCGACACCACAACUGUCAUUUCUGAGCCCUUCCAAGUGGUGCAGGAGCACUACGACAACAUCACCUGUCUAAGGUCCUACCCAUCGUCUGCUUCUGCUUCUGGCUCUGGCUCUGCCUCUGCUUCAGGUCCACCGCUGUUCCUCUCGGCCUCGUGGGAUGCAACCGCCCGCUCUUACAGACGAGAUGCAAAGGGCAGAUGGAAUGUACUGCACGUCCUCAAGGGCCACAAGAGCGCAGUGUGGGGCGUGGAGUGCGUUGAUGCUCGUCCUGGGGAGGAGAAGUAUCUUACUGCUUCUGCGGACCUGUUCAUCCGCCUGUACCACGGCGAGGAGCUCAAGGUGAUCUGGGCAGGCCAUCAAGAUGUUGUGCGCUCGCUUGUCCUUUUGCCUUUCACCCCUCCAAGUAAUCCUGAAGAUACCUCCCAAGACGACAUCGGUCCGCUCUUCCUCUCCACGAGCAACGACCCACCUCUUCUCAUCAAUUCCCUCUCUCCAAGUGCACGUCCGCCGAAUCAGCCCACAAAUGGCGGCGAGCCAGUCAAAAUCCUCGAGGGACACUCUAGCAUAGUCUACGAGUGCCGUCUCUGCCCACCCGCCUCCUCCUCGUCAUCUUCUUCUACGACAGGAGCAAGAAGCGAGGUAGUCACAUCCUCAGAAGACGGGACGCUCCGCUGGUGGGACUGGACAGUGUCCGCCUCAGACAGCACCUCAGCCCUGCUGGAGACGGUGGAAAUGCCAGUAGAGAGCGUGUGGUGCGUCGCCUGUCUUCCUCUCAGCGGGGACGUCGUCGCCGGCGGUAGCGAUGGUGUUGUGCGGGUGUACAGCCAAGCUGAGCUGACGAGCAAAGAAGACCAAGAGUUUGGAGAAGGAGAGGGGUUGCCGAGUGAGGCGGAGCGCCGGGAAGAGGAGAGGCUGGUGGAGGAGGUGGCUCGCAAGAAGGGUCGGAGGAGCCAAGGUGCCCAAACCUCGGAGCUCGUUGCUCUCCCGACAACCACCACCUCGGACCUUUCAGACCCCUCAGCCAGCUCAGAAUCCUCAGCACCAGCAGCAGCACCAACGUCAGUCAAACAGGUGCAUCCAGAGACAGGCGUGGCCUACGACGUGCUCCUCCCCAUCGACAUCUCCGACGAUCACCCCGAGCCGCUCCUUCUGGGCGUCAACAGAGGUGACGACCCCGCCCUCAUCGCCCGCGACUUCCUCGCGCGCAACAGUCUUGGAGACAGCGAGCGGUACGUCGCUGACAUUGUUGCGUUUGUAGAGAUGAUGCUGCCUCGUUAGCGGAUAGCGGGUAGUGAGUAGUGGGAAGCAGGAGGAGAAGCAGCAGCAGCAUCAGCAGCAGCAGCAGCAGCAGCAGCAGCAGCAGUGGGAUACAGUAGUGAGCUAGAGUCCCGCCGUCACCCACUCAUCAGCACUUCUAGACGAAAGGAAACAAAGAGUGGAUAACGCU